CUGAGGCAGAGAAAGCACAAUUGUAUCGCGGACAACUUUUCGGUAACUUUAUCCUCACUUGUGUGUUCAGCAGCAUAUACUGAACAGUGAAAUGUCCUCAAAGAAGGAAACGAAGAGAAGCCAUUCUGGAAAAAAAGUAAAGAGACACAGCACCAACUCCCACCCUCAGAAAUUACCACCACUUGAGGAGCCAGAUGUCUCAACGAUACUGAAGGUGGCAGAAGCAGGUCAGCUUGAGGAACUUAGCGAUUCCUUUGAUCACCCAUUGCACAGUACUGCUGUAGAUGCUUAUGGAGAGGAGCAUUCAGACAGUGAGUCGCUUGGUCGUGCUUCAGCACCACUGAGGAAACGUGCAGAAAAAAGUAAAAAAAUGCGUUGCUCAAAAAUACCUGAUGGUGAUGUUCAGAAAACCCACACAUCUGGUCCUGAAGAUACACCCACUAAGGAGAACGUGGUACAGAAAAAGGCUCUGAACACUACUCAAGUUCAAGUGAAAAAGAAGAGAACUUCAGAGAGCACAUCAGACCCUUCUGUGGAGAGCCCACUGUCUGUACAGGUUUGGUGUCCCAAAGAGCUGAAGAGAUCUUCUAGAGAUAUUACAGAACUGGAUGUUGUUCUCACUGAAUUUGAGAGGAUAGCAGAAAAUUACAGACAAAGCAUAGAAUCAAGCAUUUGCAGAAAAGCUAUCAGUGACUUCUGUUCUGCUCUCAAGGACCAAAUCACUGACCGUAUCAUGGAAGCCCAGGAAUUAAAGAAUAUGAAGAAAAAAAAUGCUAAGGUAAUAGCAGAGAUCAAAAAGAAGAGACAGCAACUGUUCCAACUCAGAGAAAACCUGAUUGGAGCUGAACCACAGCUGGUACAACUACAAAGAGAAUAUGCAGAGCUACAGGAAAGGAAAUCCUCCUUGCGGCAAGCAACUGAAUUAGUUACUGAUUUGAAAGAGCUACAGCAUGACUGUUUGGAUUAUAGAGAAGAAAACCCAAAAGCAAAAGUGGUAUAUGGAACUUCCAGCCUCCCUGCUCUUCUGGUGGAGUCACGGAGAAUUCUAGGAGCAGAAAGACAUUUUCAAAAUAUUAAUAUGAAACUGGAAGAGGCUUUGGCUGUACAAAGAGGGAAGUUAUCAAAGAAACCUUGAGUGUUUUUAACAGACACUUGCACAUUGGUUAGGCACAAUUAUUAUCAUGGGCAGUGCUUAAAGCUUGUUUAUUCACUGUUGCUCUGUUUUGCUUCAGUGUUUAAAAGAAGUCAGUGAUUUAAUCAGAUUGUCAAAUAGUCUGGGUGAGAACUUCCUCAGCAUGUCAAUGGAAUCAAUGAUGUAGCAAUUCUAGUUGGAGCCAUAAAACAUCUGUGCUCCUUUAACCAAUGUUGGUCUUUAAGCCCAGGCUAUUAAGGUAAGGCAAUUCAAAAGAAACACAGACUU